UAUCUUCAGAUUUCACAGCAGAUGAGAGGUUGGAGAUUGAGAGCAUGAAGAUGCUUAAGAAAGACCUGCUAGAUGACAUCCAGGUAAACACACACACACACACACACACACACACACACACACACACAUACACACACAUACACACACAUACACACACACAUACACGCGCGCACGCACACACACACACACACACACACACAUACACACACACACAUAUACACACACAUACACACACACACACAUACACACACACAUACACACACAUACACACACACACGCACACACACACACACACUCACUAAGUCUAUGAAUCACCCUUGUCUGAACAUCCUUUUCCAGAAGCUAAAGAUGGAGAUUGAGAAAGUCAUGGCAGAGGUUCACGACUUUGAGUCUACAGAGGAGAAGUGAGUGGACUGGCCUUUAAUCUUUGAUCCUUCCUAAACCAUUAUCACUGUUCCUCUUUUAUUAACCAUUAGGCUUAUGCAUGACCUAUUCACCCCCUAAUCAUUCCCUGUUCAUCUCUUUUCCACCCUUUACAUAUUUAGUUGUUAUCCUUUAUUAACUAUUUUUUCAUAUUUGAUGAAUGCAUUAUUCCUUGCUGAUGAAUCAGUUAUUCACUAGUGAAACAUGUCUUAUUAUUUCCUGUCCUGUAGUUAAAAAACCAAUGAAUUACACCUACCUACUUCAUUACAUCUUAUUUGUUUACAAGGUCAUUUGUUAAGAAGGCAAUCUGCUGUUGUUUUCUCUCUACGCAGCAAAGUCCUUGAGAAGGGAAAGCAGUUCUCGAGCGGGAAGAAGAAAUUCAACAUGGAUCCUAAAAAGGUGAGCGAACAAAUGGUGUAUCAUGAUGAGAGAGAGAGAGAGAGAGAGAGAGUGAGUGAGAGAGAGAGAGGAGGAGAGAGAGGAGGAGAGUAGCGAGAGCAAACCGCAUCCUGUCCCCUCUGAGAGGGGGUAGGGGCAGGGGAGACCAUCUACAAGUAAGUACACACGUACACACACACACUGAAGCCAUGAUGACAUCAUACUUGACAUAUGACCCACAGCUCUGUAUAGGUAGGUUGUGGCUGGAACAAAUUAUGCAUUUCUCCUCUAUUCUUACAAAGUGUCGUCUGAGAGAGUGGUAUAGUCCACUCAUAUCCCCUUUGAAUGUUUGGACACAGGAAAGCAGGGUGUGUGUGUGUUUGUGUGUGUGUGUGUGUGAGUGCGUGCGCGUGUGUUUAUGCGUGUUUGUGUGUGUGUGUUUGUGUGUGUUUGUGUGUGCGCGUAUGUGUGCGUAUGUUCAUGUGUGUUUGUGUUUGUUUGUUUAUGUGUGUUUGUGUGUAUGUGUAUAUGUGUGUUUGUGUGUUUGUGUGUGUGAAUGUGUGUGUUUGUGUGUUUAUAUGUGUUUGUGUGUGUGUUUGUGUGUGUGCGCGUGUGUUUAUGUGUGUUUGUGUGUGUGUGUGUGUGUGUAUGCCUGCUUGCUAGCGUCUAUGUUUGAGCUACCUUCUCAAGACAAACAGAGGCUCCACUAUGAGCUUCCUUUCUGACAGGAAGAUGCAUCUCUCAUAACAUGUACACUAUACGGCCAGCAGCAAUGCCUUGUGGGUGUCUCAUCAAGACAAACCACUGUGGUUAAAUUCAACCCCAGCAUCAUAGCUCAACCAACUCACAACAUGCAUCUGUUGCUACCCGUUAACUUCUAUUCUACUGGACUAGAUACAGAGUACUGAUACAGGGAAAGAUAUUGGUGGAUUGUUAGGUGAUGACUGAAGUUGAAUUAUGUGUGUAACUGCUGGGCUGGUACAAAACCCUGCACAACCAGUAGAUCUCCAAGACUAGGGUUGGUGACCACUGCUCUAGUGACUAAAGCUAUUUACAACCAGUAGAUCUCCAAGACUAGGGUUGGUGACCACUGCUCUAGUGACUAAAGCUAUUUACAACCAGUAGAUCUCCAAGACUAAGGUUGGUGACCACAGCUCUAGUGACUAAAGCUAUUUACAACCAGUAGAUCACCAAGACUAGGGUUGGUGACCACAGUUUUAGUGACUAAAGCUAUUUACAACAGCUGACUAUUGACACAGAAUGUAACUUUUCCCCUCAGUUACAGUGCUGAUGAGAAAGAGGAAGAGAUAUUGAGUUUUAAGGAAUAGUGAUUUAAAAAACGGUGCUCUAAUUCCGGCUCACGCUUUUAGGAAGUCUAGUCAAACAGAUGGAAUCUAUGAAAUCAUUCUGAAACAAGACAAACAACAGCAUUUAACAACCAACCACAGAUCGGAAGGCUGGUGUGUGUGGGUUACUCACUCUGAAUGAAUCCUGAGUCUCUAUAUGCGUCUGUUAUCACUGCAAAAGCUAUAUACAAGUGUUCUAUUUCAAGUGUUUUCUAGUAUCUGACUGAUUGUCUAAUUGACUGGUUGAUUGAUUGGUUAAUUUGUUAAUUUAUGUCUGUUUUACAUCAUUCUAGGGUAUAAACUACCUGGUAGAGAACAAGCUUCUGGAGAGGAAUCCUCAGCCAAUAGCAGAGUUCCUUUACAAGGAGGAGGGGCUCAAUAAGACUGCUAUAGGAGACUACCUGGGAGAGAGGUAGAGACAUGAUUGGAUGAUGAUGAUGAUGGUGGUGAUGAUGAUGAGGGUGGUUGUGGUAAUGAUGUUGAUGAUGAUGGUGAUGGUGGUGGUGAUGAAGCGGUGGUGGCUGAGGGGAGAGGACAGAGGGAGAAAGAUUUUCAAGGAGUUGGGAGAUAAUGAAGUCAUUUCAAUAAUAAUAUUAUGAAAGCUCUUGUAGUUAGUGCCUCUCCGUCUACUCAGUGUGCUUGUGUCUUUGCAGAGAAGAAAUACACCUCCAGACACUGAAAGCCUUUGUGGAUCUCCAUGAGUUCUCAGACCUCAACCUGGUACAGGCAUUGAGGUAGGUUUACGGACUAUUCAUCAACUAACCUUUCAAUUCUCAGCUACAGUACCAGUCAAAAGUUUGGACACACCUACUCAUUCAAGGGUUUUUCUUUAUUUUUACUAUUUUCUACAUUGUAGAAGAAUAGUGAAGACAUCAAAACUAUGAAAUAACGCUUAUGGAAUCAUGUAGUAACCAAAAAAGUGUUAAACAAAUCAAAAUAUAUUUUAGAUUCUACAAAGUAGCCACCCUUUGUUUAACGCAUUCUGUCAACCAGCUUCAUGAGGAAUGUUUUUCCAACAGUCUUGAAGGAGUUCCCAAAUAUGCUGAGCACUUGUUGGCUGCUUUUCCUUCACUCUGCGGUCCAACUCAUUCCAAACCAUCUCAAUUGGGUUGAAGUUGGGUGAUUGUGGAGGCCAGGUCAUCUGAUGCAGCACUCCAUCAUUCUCCUUGGUCAAAUAGCCCUUACACAGCCUGGAGGUGUGUUUUGGGUCAUUGUCCUGUUGAAAAACAAAUGAUAGCCCCAUUAAACGCAAACCAGAUGGGAUGGCGUAUCUCUGCAGAAUGCUGUGGUAGCAAUGCUGGUUAAGUGUGCCUUGAGUUCUAAAUAAAUCACAGACAGUGUCACCAGCAAAGCACGCCGACACCAUCACACCUCCUCCUCCAUGCUUCACUGUGGGAACCACACAUGCAGAGAUCAUCUGUCACGAUCGUCGUAAGAAGUGGACCAAGGCGCAGCGUGAUAUGCGUACAUCUUUUAAUGAGUACUUUACAUAACCAUAACAAAACAACAAAACGAUAACGUGAAGUCCUAAGGUUAACAAACACAAACCUCUCCGGAACAAGAUCCCACAAAUGACAAGUGCAAAACAGGCUGCCUAAGUAUGGUUCCCAAUCAGAGACAACAAGCCACAGCUGCCUCUGAUUGGGAACCACCCCGGCCAACAUAGAAACACAUGCCUGCCUUUGACACCAUCGAUCACCACAUUCUUUUGGAGAGACUGGAAACCCAAAUUGGUCUACACGGACAAGUUCUGGCCUGGUUUAGAUCCUACCUGUCGGAAAGAUAUCAGUUUGUCUCUGUGAAUGGUCUGUCCUCCGACAAAUCAACUGUACAUUUCGGUGUUCCUCAAGGUUCCGUUUUAGGACCACUAUUGUUUUCACUAUAUAUUUUACCUCUUGGGGAUGUUAUUCGAAAACAUAAUGUUAACUUUCACUGCUAUGCGGAUGACACACAGCUGUACAUUUCAAUGAAGCAUGGUGAAGCCCCAAAAUUGCCCUCGCUAGAAGCCUGUGUUUCAGACAUAAGGAAGUGGAUGGCUGAAAACUUUUUACUUUUAAACUCGGACAAAACAGAGAUGCUUGUUCUAGGUCCCAAGAAACAAAGAGAUCUUCUGUUAAAUCUGACAAUUCAUCUUGAUGGUUGUAAAGUCGUCUCAAAUAAAACUGUGAAGGACCUUGGCGUUACUCUUGACCCUGAUCUCUCUUUUGACGAACAUAUCAAGACUGUUUCAAGGACAGCUUUUUUCCAUCUACGUAACAUUGCAAAAAUCAGAAAUGUUCUGUCCAAAAAUGAUGCAGAAAAAUUAAUCCAUGCAUUUGUUACUUCUAGGUUAGACUACUGCAAUGCUCUAUUUUCCGGCUAUAAAGCACUAAAUAAACUUCAGUUAGUGCUAAAUACGGCUGCUAGAAUCCUGACUAGAACCAAGAAAUUUGAUCAUAUUACUCCAGUGCUAGCUUCCCUACACUGGCUUCCUGUUAAGGCAAGGGCUGAUUUCAAGGUUUUACUGUUAACCUAUAAAGCGUUACAUGGGCUUGCUCCUACCUAUCUUUCCGAGUUGGUCCUGCCGUACAUACCAAUACGUACGCUACGGUCACAAGACGCAGGCCUCCUAAUUGUCCCUAGAAUUUCUAAGCAAACAGCGGGAGGCAGGGCUUUCUCCUAUAGAUCUCAAUUUUUAUGGAACAGUCUGCCUACCCAUGUGAGAGACGCAGACUCGGUCUCAACCUUUAAGUCUUUACUGAAGACUUAUCUCUUCAGUAGGUCAUAUGAUUGAGUGUAGUCUGGCCCAGGAGUGUGAAGGUGAACGGAAAGGCUGGAGCAACGAACAGCCCUUGCUGUCUCUGCCAGGCCGGUUCCCCUCUCCACUGGGGUUCUCUGCCUCUAACCCUGUUGCAGGGGCUGAGUCACUGGCUUGCUGGUGCUCUUUCAUGCCGUCCCUGGGAGGGGUGCGUCACUUGAGUGGGUUGAGUUACUGACGUGAUCUUCCUGUCUGGGUUGGCGCCCCCCCCUUGGUUUGUGCUGUGGUGGAGACCUCUGUGGGCUAUACUCGGCCUUGUCUCAGGAUUGUAAGUUGGUGGUUGGGGAUAUCCCUCUAGUGGUGCGGGGGCUGUGCUUUGGCGGAGUGGGUGGGGUUAUAUCCUUCCUGUUUGGCCCUGUCCGGGGGUUUCUUCGGAUGGGGCCACAGUGUCUCCGGACCGCUCCUGUCUCAGCCUCCAGUAUUUAUGCUGCAGUAGUUUAUGUGUCGGGGGGCUGGGGUUAGUUGGUUAUACCUGGAGUACUUCUCCUGUCUUAUCCAGUGUCCUGUGUGAAUUUAAGUAUGCUCUCUCUAAUUCUCUCGUUCUCUCUUUCUCUCUGAGAACCUGAGCCCUAGGACCAUACGUCAGGACUACCGGGCAUGAUGACACCUUGCUGUCCCCAGUCCGCCUGGCCUUGCUGCUAUUCCAGUUUCAACUGUUCUGCCUGCGGCUACGAAACCCCUACCUGUCCCAGACCUGCUGUUUUCAACUCUUAAUGAUCGGCUAUGAAAAGCCAACUGAGAGACCUGAGCCCUAGGACCAUACGUCGGGACUACCGGCCGUGGUGACUCCUUGCUGUCCCCAGUCCGCCUGGCCUUGCUGCUAUUCCAGUUUAAACUGUUUUGCCUGCGGUUAUGGAACCCCUACCUGUCCCAGACCUGCUGUUUUCAACUCUUAAUGAUCGGCUAUGAAAAGCCAACUGAGAUUUAUUCCUGAUUAUUAUUUGACCAUGCUUGUCACUUAUGAACAUUUUUGAACAUCUUGGCAUGGUUCUGUUAUAAUCUCCACCCGGCACAGCCAGAAGAGGACUGGCCACCCCUCAUAGCCUGGUUCCUCUCUAGGUUUCUUCCUAGGUUUUCGCCUUUCUAGGGAGUUUUUCCUAGCCACCGUGCUUCUACACCUGCAUUACUAGCUGUUUGGGGUUUUAGGCUGGGUUUCUGUACAGCACUUCGAGAUAUUAGCUGAUGUAAGAAGGGCUAUAUAAAAUAAAAUUGAUUGAUUGAUUGAUGAUGAACUAGAACAUGAACAUAGAACACUAAACAUAGAAACUAACACCCUGGCUCAACAUAUAAGAGUCCCCAGAGCCAGGGCGUGACAGUACCCCCCCCCCCCCCCCCCCCCCCAAAGGCGCGGACUACGACUGCGCCAACUAAACCCAACAGGGGAGGGGCCGGGUGGGCAUUCCGCCUCGGAGGCGGAUCCGGCUCCGGGCGUGACCACCACUCUCUAGCUACCCCCCCGUAGCGCCCCUGGUCUGGUCCCGCUGGCUGGAGCUGGACUGGACAUCGGUGGAGCAGAUUGCUUUGGCUCCGGUGUGGAGCAGCUGACCGGUGCCGGACCAGGCACUGGUGGAACAGGCACGGACCGUGCCGGACUGACGACGCGCACCACUGGCUUGGUGCGGGGAGCAGGAACAGGCCGGACCGGGCUGGGGACGCGCACCACUGGCUUGGUGCGGGGAGCAGGAACAGGCCGGACCGGGCUGGCGACGCGCACCAUUGGCUUGGUGCGGGGAGCAGGAACAGGCCGGACCGGGCUGGCGACACGCACCAUUGGCUUGGUGCGGGGAGCAGGAACGGGUCGGGCCGUACUGGGAACACACACCACUAACUUAGUGCGGGGAGCAGGAACGGGUUGGGCCGUACUGGGAACACGCACCACUAACUUAGUGCGGGGAGCAGGAACGGGUUGGGCCGUACUGGGAACACGCACCACUAACUUAGUGCGGGGAGCAGGAACGGGUUUGGCCGUACUGGGAACACGCACCACUAACUUAGUGCGGGGAGCAGGAACGGGCCGGACCGUACUGGGUACACACACCACUGGCCUUGUGCGGGAAGCAGGAACGGGUCGGGCCGUACUGGGAACACGCACCACUGGCUUAGUGCGGGGAGCAGGAACGGGUCGGGCCGUACUGGGAACACGCACCACUGGCUUAGUGCGGGGAGCAGGAACGGGCCGGACCGUACUGGGAACACACACCACUGGCCUUGUGCGGGAAGCAGGAACGAGUCGGGCCGUACUGGGAACACGCACCACUAACUUAGUGCGGGGUCAGGAACGGGCCGGACCGGACUGGCGACGCGCACCAUUGGCUUGGUGCGGGGAGCAGGAACAGGCCGGACCGGGCUGGCGACACGCACCAUUGGCUUGGUGCGGGGAGCAGGAACGGGUCGGGCCGUACUGGGAACACACACCACUAACUUAGUGCGGGGAGCAGGAACGGGUUGGGCCGUACUGGGAACACGCACCACUAACUUAGUGCGGGGAGCAGGAACGGGUUGGGCCGUACUGGGAACACGCACCACUAACUUAGUGCGGGGAGCAGGAACGGGUUGGGCCGUACUGGGAACACGCACCACUAACUUAGUGCGGGGAGCAGGAACGGGUUGGGCCGUACUGGGAACACGCACCACUAACUUAGUGCGGGGAGCAGGAACGGGUUUGGCCGUACUGGGAACACGCACCACUAACUUAGUGCGGGGAGCAGGAACGGGCCGGACCGUACUGGGUACACACACCACUGGCCUUGUGCGGGAAGCAGGAACGGGUCGGGCCGUACUGGGAACACGCACCACUGGCUUAGUGCGGGGAGCAGGAACGGGUCGGGCCGUACUGGGAACACGCACCACUGGCUUAGUGCGGGGAGCAGGAACGGGCCGGACCGUACUGGGAACACACACCACUGGCCUUGUGCGGGAAGCAGGAACGAGUCGGGCCGUACUGGGAACACGCACCACUAACUUAGUGCGGGGUCAGGAACGGGCCGGACCGGACUGGUAACACACACCACUUGCUUGGUGCGAGGAACGGGACUGGGUUUCCUCAUAAACCUCCGCUCCCUCUGCUGCCUAACCAGUUCCUCUCGCCGUGCCUCUACACUCUCCUUCUCCCUUAUCGCCUCCAGUAGCUCCUCCCUCUGACCAACUAACUCCUGCUCCCUCAUGACCAAUAGCCCCCGUAACCUGGUGGCCUCCUCUCCUAUUCUGCAGAUUCGCCCUGUAGCUGCCUCCUGCUGCCCCGUCGUCCAUGCCGUGUGACCCCCCCCAAAAAAUUAUUGGGGUUGCCUCUCGCCUGUCCGACGACGGCCCGGUUGGCGCCGCUUCUCCUCUCCUGCCUGGGUCUCCCCAUUCAUCGCCCUCCGGUAACGGACGGCCUCCUCCUCGGUGAUCUUCCCCCAACCGAGGAGGACAUCCACUAGCGUUACCUCCGGCGUUUGCUCCUGGACACGCUGCUUGGUCCUUAUUUGGUGGGAUCUUCUGUCACGAUCGUUAUAAGAAGUGGACCAAGGCGCAGCGUGAUAUGCGUACAUCUUUUAAUGAGUACUUUACAUAACCAUAACAAAACAACAAAACGAUAAUGUGAAGUCCUAAGGUUAACAAACACAAACCUCUCCGGAACAAGAUCCCACAAAUGACAAGUGCAAAACAGGCUGCCUAAGUAUGGUUCCCAAUCAGAGACAACAAGCCACAGCUGCCUCUGAUUGGGAACCACCCUGGCCAACAUAGAAACACAUGAACUAGAACAUGAACAUAGAACACUAAACAUAGAAACUAACACCCUGGCUCAACAUAUAAGAGUCCCCAGAGCCAGGGCGUGACAUCAUCCGUUCACCUACUCUGCGUCUCACAAAGACACAGCGGUUGGAAUCAAAAAUCUCAAAUUCUGACUCAUCAGACCAAAGGACAGAUUUCCACCAGUCUAAUGUCCAUUGCUCGUGUUUCUUGGCCCAAGCAAGUGUCUUCUUCUUCUUGGUGUCCUUUAGUAGUGGUUUCUUUCCAGCAAUUCGACCAUGAAGGCCUGAUUCACGCAGUCUCCUCUGAACAGUUGAUGUUGAGAUGUGUCUGUCACUUGAACUCUGUGAAGCAUUUAUUUGGGCUGCAAUUUCUGAGGCUGAUAACUCUAAUGAACUUAUCCUCUGCAGCAGAGGUAACUCUGGGUCUUCCUUUCCUGUGGUGGUCCUCAUGAGAGCCAGUUUCAUCAUAGCGCUUGAUGGUUUUUACGACUGCACUUGAAUAAACUUUUAAAGUUGUCUUAAAGUAAUGAUGGACUGUCGUUUCUCUUUGCUUAUUUGAGCUGUUCUUGCCAUAAUAUGGACUUGGUCUUUUACCAAAUAGGGCUAUCUUCUGUAUACCACCCCUACCUUGUCACAACACAACUGAUUGGCUCAAACGCAUUAAGAAAUAAAGAAAUUCCACAAAUUAACUUUUAUCAAGGCACACCUGUUAAUUUAAAUGCAUUCCAGGUGACUACCUCAUGAAGCUGGUUGAGAGAAUGCCAAGAGUGUGCAAAGCUGUCAUCAAGGCAAAGGGUGGCUACUUUGAAGAAUCUCAAAUAUAAAAUUUGUUUAACACUUUUUUGGUUACUACAUGAUUCCAUAUGUGUUAUUUUAUAGUUUUGAUGUCUUCACUAUUAUUCUACAAUGUAGAAAAUAGUAAAAAUAAAGAAAAACCCUUGAAUGAGUAGGUGUGUCCAAACUUUUGACUGGUACUGUAUGUUAAAAUAACAUUAGGUCUAGAAUACAUUUGGUCAAAUAACUGUAUAUGACUUGGGCUGAAGUUGUAGACUCAUCUGAAGGCAGAACACAGGAGCUCUGUGAGCCUGACUGGUCUGAACCCCCUGUCUGAAUGUCUGUCUGAAUGUCUCAGGCAGUUCCUGUGGAGUUUCCGUCUGCCCGGCGAGGCUCAGAAGAUUGACCGCAUGAUGGAAACCUUCGCCACACGCUACUGUGACUGUAACGCUGAAGUCUUUCAGUCUACAGGUGUGUGUGUGUGUGUGUGUACAUGUAUUUCCCUGAAAUCACAAUUACAACUCUCUGUAUAAUGUAUAUGGCUAUAUUUCUCUGUGUUCCCUCAGACACCUGCUACAUCCUGUCGUUUGCCAUCAUCAUGUUGAACACCAGCCUCCACAACCCCAACGUGAAGGACAAGACCCCUCUAGAGAGAUUCAUCUCUAUGAACAGAGGCAUCAACAACGGAGGGGACCUGCCCAAUGAGCUGCUCACGGUGAGACACAACAGCCAAUCAGAGAGGCCACAUAGGUCACAUGAUCAGGAAGUAGUAGUUAAUUGACCAAUGAGAUGUUCAUGGUGAGACACACCGGACAAUCGCAGUGUUCGUAUAGGUCACAUGACCCUGAAGUAUUGGGAUUGGCCGCUAUCUGGCUAUGUGGUUUGGUUUAUUUGGUUUGAAUUCAACCUUGAUGGCAGUGGAAAGCUGUAGUUGUAUAAAAAAUAAAAUAUAUAAAUACAUAUCAAACCAGGAAAUGACCCUUACCUCAUCAGCUGGCUUCUCUGCUGUCUCCCCCUUCAGAAACUGUAUGAAAGCAUCAGGAACGAGCCCUUUAAAAUCCCAGUGGAUGAUGGGAACGACCUGACUCACACAUUCUUCAACCCCGACAGGGAGGGAUGGCUCCUCAAACUAGGUAACUAAUUGUGUGGUGUUCAUGAUUUUGUUAUUCACCCAAUGUUCGCGGGUCUGAUGGACCCACAACAUUAUUGGGUUUUUAAAACAAUACAGCCAUAACAAUUUACGUAAAAAUACUUAAUACUUAAUACUUAGAUGUUGACUUAGAUCAAUUACAAGCAAUAUAGACAGCAUACAUGGUUAAUAUUUGCCAUUUACCAAUGUUAGAUCACAUUGAUCAAUAAUAGCGCUAUUCGUUUUUUUUUUAUAACAGUUGAUUUUUGUAAACAAAAAUCAAUUAUAAUCAAGACAUGGGUGGAAUAAAUCAUGUUUAUCUUGAACAAAUAUAAAUGAAACAAGGUUUUCAUCACUAUUGAUGUUUAUUGUUUUGAACUGAACAAAUUGGAAGGACACAUUUUAAUGUAUUGAAAUAAUGUAUUGUAAUAACAUUGUGCAGGUUCGCGCAAGACAUUGUGAGGUUUCACAUACUACAAAGGGUAAAGAGUUGGAGAAAAGCGGGAGACAGGCAGACAGGCAGGGAGACAGACAGACAGGCAGGGAGACAGGCAGACAGGCAGGGAGACAGGCAGGGAGACAGGCAGACAGGCAGGGAGACAGGCAGACAGGCAGACAGGCAGGGAGACAGACAGGUUGUUGGUGCUAUGUUGAAACAGCAGGUCUAGGGAGGUGAAGGCACACAGCAAACCUUUUUGUUUCAUUUUUACUUGUUUUCACCUACACACACACUUUUCCACACUUUUAUUACCCUCGGGUCCAGUGGACCUGAACAGCACAUAUGUAAUAUAAAUGUGUAGGGGGGUGCACAGUGUGCUCUCAAUUAAAAUGUGUUAUUUUACAUGUUCUUCACAGAAAAUGAGCCAAGGCCAAUGAGUCUCAGGUUCUUUUAGUAAACAUUGAAAAUAGGUCCCACAGACCCGAACACGACACAAGGGUUAAAAGGAUGUCAAAGCAACAUGUACUUGAAUACUUUGCUUCAUUUGCAGUUGGCUGUUGCCUAUCUAUAAUGACUCUAUUUGGUUCUCCAGGAGGCAGAGUGAAGACGUGGAAGAGAAGAUGGUUCAUUCUGACUGACAACUGUCUCUACUACUUUGAGUUCACCACUGUAAGUCUCUCCUACCUGUCUACUCCUCCAUCUCCAUCCCUCUCUCAAUCUCCAUCCCUCUCUCAAUCUCCAUCCCUCUCUCCAUCUCCAUCCCUCUCUCCAUCUCCAUCCCUCUCUCAAUCUCCAUCCCUCUCUCUAUCUCCAUACCUCUCUCUAUCUCCAUCCCUCUCUCCAUCUCCAACCUCUCUCCAUCUCCAAACCUCUCUCUAUCUCCAUCCCUCUCUCCAUCUCCAAACCUCUCUCUAUCUCCAAACCUCUCUCUAUCUCCAUACCUCUCUCUAUCUCCAUCCCUCUCUCCAUCUCCAUCCCUCUCUCCAUCUCCAUCCCUCUCUCAAUCUCCAUCCCUCUCUCUAUCUCCAUACCUCUCUCUAUCUCCAUACCUCUCUCUAUCUCCAUCCCUCUCUCCAUCUCUAUCCCUCUCUCAAUCUCCAUCCCUCUCUCUAUCUCCAUACCUCUCUCUAUCUCCAUCCCUCUCUCCAUCUCCAUCCCUCUCUCAAUCUCCAUCCCUCUCUCUAUCUCCAUACCUCUCUCUAUCUCCAUACCUCUCUCUAUCUCCAUCCCUCUCUCCAUCUCCAUACCUCUCCAUACCUCCUUUAAGUUCAUAUGUCGCUCUCCAUCUCUCCCAACUUUCCACAUCCAUCUCCUACCCUCUCCUCCCUUCUUCCCUCCUUCCCCCCUUCCCUCUACUGUAACUCCCUCCAUCCCUCCCUCUCUAAACUCCUUCCUCUAACCUCAUCUCUCUGUACAGGACAAGGAGCCCAGAGGCAUCAUCCCUCUAGAGAACCUGUGUGUGAGAGAGAUGGUGUAUGGACGCAAACCAGUAAGAAACUAUACUCAUCCUUUAGGUCAACUAGAUUCAGCCAUGGGACGAUUUUGUUUGGAGCGGAUGGUUGGGAGGCCGGGACAGAAUUAUAAUAAUUUGUACACUGCAAAUUGAACACAACUAAGCCCAAAAAUACCUUGAUUACAGAGACAUAUGCCUCUUUUUUUAUUUGUGGGAAUACUUGGGAACCCAUUUCCUAAAUUAAAGAAAUGUAAUUCAUUUAGCUGAAUUCCUGGUGAUUUUAUUGUUGUUUUUGACCAAAAAAACGGUUUUGGGCCGCCUGUUACCAACCCCUGCUUUAGUGUGUGUUGUGUGUGUUGUGUGUGUGUGUGUGUGUGUGUGUGUGUGUGUGUGUGUGUGUGUGUGUGUGUGUGUGUGUGAGAGAGAGAGAGGCCCUAAACAGAGAGGACACAGUGACAGAAUGCCUGACCACUGUGACUGACCCAAACUUAAGGAAAGCGUUGACUAUGUACAGACUCAGUGAGCAUAGCCUUGCUAUUGAGAAAGGCCGCUGUAGGCAGACCUGGCUCUCAAGAGAAGACAGGCUAUGUGCACACUGCCCACAAAAGGAGGUGGAAACUGAGCUGCACUUCCUAACCUCCUGCCAAAUGUAUGACCAUAUUAGAGACACAUAUUUCCCUCAGAUUACACAGACCCACAAAGAAUUACAAAACAAACCCAAUUUUACCACAGUGUGCAAUCACAGCAGCAAUAUUUGUGACCUGUUACCACAAGAAAAGGGCAACCAGUGAAGAACAAACACCACUGUAAAUACAACCCAUAUUUAUGUUUAUUUAUUUUCCCUUUCCUACUUUAACUAUUUGCACAUAAUAUGACAUUUAGAAUGUCUUUAUUCUUUUAGAACUUUUGUGAGUGCAAUGUUUACUGUCAAUUUUUAUUGUUUAUUUCACUUUUAUUUAUUAUCUACUUCACUUGCAAUGUUAACAUAUGUUUCCCAUGCCAAUAAAGCCCUUAAAUUGAAUUGAAUUGAGAGAGAGAGAGAGAGAGAGAAGAGAGAGAGAGGAAGAGGAGAGAGAGAGAGAGAGAGAGAGAGAGAGAGAGAGAGAGAGAGAGAGAGAGAGAGAAAACCAGUAAGAAUAUACUACUCACUCUUACAGAAUAUCAUCCUUCUCUGUGAUUGAUGAUUGCUCAUGUCUGUCUCUUUGUGUUCCUCAGUACUGUCUGGAGCUGUAUAACCCCAACAGCAGGGGUCAGAAGAUCAAGGCUUGCAAGACAGAGACAGACGGCAGAGUGGUGGAGGGGAAACACCAGUCAUACAUGAUCUGUGCCGCUACCGCUGACGAACGAGACACAUGGAUAGAGAGCAUCCGGUACUUAGAACACAUGGAGAAUACACACCAGUGGAGGCUGGUGGGAGGAGCUGUAGGAGGACGAGCUCAUUGUAUUGACUGGAAUGGAAUAUAUGUAACGGAGUCCAACAUGUGGUUUCCCAUGUGUUUUGAUGUGUUUGAUACCGUUCCAUUUAUACCAUUCCAGCCAUUACAAUGAGCCUGUCCUCCUACAGCUCCUCCCACAGACACACUCACAGACACACACACACACUACUCUCUUAAUACGUGUUAAGUAAAAAAAUAAAAAAUAAAAAUAAAAACAAAUAAUUAAAGAGCAGCAGUAAAAUAACAGUAGGGAGGCUAUAUACAGGGGGUACCGGUACAGAGUCAAUGUGCGGGGGCACAGGUUAGUCGAGGUAAUUGAGGUAAUAUGUACAUGUAGGUAGAGUUAAAGUGACUAUGCAUAGAUAAUAAACAGAGAGUAGCAGCAGCGUAAAAGAGGGGGUGUGGGGGGUGCAAUGCAAAUAGUCCGGGUAGCCAUUUCAUUAGCUGUUCAGGAGUCUUAUGGCUUGGGGGUAGAAGCUGUUAAGCCUUUUGGACCUAGACUUGGCGCUCCGGUACUGCUUGCCAUGCAGUAGCAGAGAGAACAGUCUAUGACUAGGGUGGCUGGAAUCUUUGACAAUUUUUAGGGCCUUCCUCUGACACCGCCUGGUAUAGAGGUCCUGGAUGGCAGGAAGCUUGGCCCCAGUGAUGUACUGGGCCGUACGCACUACCCUCUGUAGUGCCUUGCGGUCGGAGGCCGAGCAGUUGCCAUACCAAGCAGUGAAGCAACCAGUCAGGAUGCUCUUCAUUGUGCAGCUGUAUAACUUUUUGAGGAUCUGAGGACCCAUGCCAAAUAUUUUCAGUCUCCUGAGGGGGAAUAGGCUUUGUCGUGCCCUCUGCACAACUGUCUUGGUGUGCAGAGGUCACGGUCCUCCUUUUCCUGUAGUCCACAAUCAUCUCCUUUGUCUUGAUCAGUUGAGGGAGAGGUUGUUAUCCUGGCACCACACGGCCAGGUCUCUGACCUCCCAAUAGGCUGUCUCAUCGUUGUCGGUGAUCAGGCCUACCACUGUUGUGUCGUCGGCAAACUUAAUGAUGGUGUUGGAGUCGUGCCUGGCCAUGCAGUCAUGGGUGAACAGGGAGUACAGGAAGGGACUGAGCACGCACCCCUGAGGGGCCCCAGUGUUGAGGAUCAGCGUGGCAGAUGUGUUGUUGCCUACCCUUACCACCUGGGGGCGGCCUGUCAGGAAGUCCAGGAUCCAGUUGCAGAGGGAAGUGUUUAGUCCCACGGUCCUUAGCUUAGUGAUGAGCUUUGAGGGCACUAUGGUGUUGAACGCUGAGCUGUAGUCAAUGAAUAGCAUUCUCACGUAGGUGUUAUUUUUGUCGAGGUGGGAAAGGGCACUGUGGAGUGCAAUAGAGAUUGCAUCAUCUGUGGAUCUGUUGGGGCGGUAUGCAAAUUGGAGUGGGUCUAGGGUUUCUGGGAUAAUGGUGUUGAUGUGAGCCAUGACCAGCCUUUCAAAGCACUUCAUGGCUACAGACGUGAGUGCUACGGGUCUGUAGUCAUUUAGGCAGGUUACCUUAGUGUUCUUGGGCACAGGGACUAUGGUGGUCUGCUUGAAACAUGUUGGUAUUUCAGACUCAGUCAAGGACAGGUUGAUAAUGUCAGUGAAGACACUGAGUACACGUCCUGGUAAUCCAUCUGGACAUGCGGCCUUGUGAAUGUUGACCUGUUUAAAGGUCUUUACUCACAUCGGCUACGGAGAGCGUGAUCACACAGUUGUCCGGAACAGCUGAUGCUCUCAUGCAUGCUUCAGUGUUGCUUGCCUCAAAGCGAGCGUAGAAGUAAUUUAGCUCGUCUGGUAGGUUCGUGUCACUGGGCAGCUCACGGCUGUGCUUCCCUUUGUAGUCUGUAAUAGUUUGCAAGCCCUGCCACAUCUGACGAGCGUCGGAGCCGGUGUAGUACGAUUCAAUCUGUAUUGACGCUUUGCCUGUUUGAUGGUUCGUCAGAGGGCAUAGCGGGAUUUCUUAUAAGCGUCCGGGUUAGAGUCCCGUUCCUUGAAAGCGGCAGCUCUACCCUUUAGCUCAGUGCGGAUGUUGCCUGUAAUCCAUGGCUUCUGGUUGGGGUAUGUACGUACGGUCACUGUGGGGACAACGUCAUCGAUGCACUUAUUGAUGGAGCCAGUGACUGAUGUGGUGUACUCCUCAAUGCCAUCGGAAGAAUCCCGGAACAUAUUCCAGUCUGUGCUAGCAAAACAGUCCUGUAGCUUAGCAUCUGCGUCAUCUGACCACUUCUUUAUUGACCGAGUCACUGGUGCUUCCUGCUUUAGUUUUUGCUUGUAAGCAGGAAUCAGGAGGAUAGAAUUAUGGUCAGAUUUGCCAAAUGGAGGGUGAGGGAGAUCUUUGUACACGUCUCUGUGUGUGGAGUAAAGGUGGUCUAGAGUUUAAUUUCCUCUGGUUGCACAUUUAACAAGCUGGUAGAAAUUAUGUAAAACGGAUUUAAGUUUCCCUGCAUUAAAGUCCCCGGCCACUAGGAGCGCCGCCUCUGGAUGAGCGUUUUCCUGUCUGAAGUAAAUCCUUCACGUCCGACUCGUUAAAUAAAAAAUCUUCAUCCAGUACAAGGUGAGUAAUCGCUGUCCUGAUAUCCAGAAGCUCUUUCGUUCAUAAGAGACAGUGGAGGAAACAUUAUGUACAAAAUAAGUUACAAAUAACGUGAAAAAACACACAAUAGCACAAUUGGUUAGGAGCCCGUAAAACGGCAACCAUCUCCUCCGGCGCCAUUGCAGUACAUGCCAGAAUGUCGCGAUUCAAAACCAAAGUUUGCAGGCAAAACCUUUGCAGUGGUUUUAGUUAAGGUAGUUUGCUCUCCAUCUUGCUAGCUACUAUUUAGUAUUUGAUUGAAGCGGAUAGAGCAGUGACGUAGGCGUUGACGUACUGUAGUUCCUCUAUGUUGCUUAGGGUGGAGUUGUGUAGGCUACACACGCUCUCACAACACCAUUAACAACCCACCAUCCUGUUAUCACACGUUACAGAGCCAGCAUCACCAAGGACCCGUUCUAUGACCUGGUGUCGGUCCGUAAGAAGAAGGUGAUCAACCAGGCUCCCCAAGAC